AAAAUCAGCUGUGACCUCGUAUGACGAAAUCAACAGUAUUUGUACAAAAAAACUUUUUGACUUAAAACGUCGUAAAAAGUUGUUUUCUGUGGAGGAUGUUUCAUUAAUUCCUUCCAAAUGAAUAAAAAACUAGUCGCAAAUAGUUCCAAUUUUGUUAACUCCUAUCUGAAAACAGUACGCCAUGAGGAAAUUAAUAUAUCAAAUUUACGACAAUUUUUCACGCUACCUGAUUUUACGAACAAAAAGAAAAGCUAUAGGAGAAAGGAACUCGUUGGUUAUUCCAUGCAGCAAAUGUAUGCGGUCGUAUCAGACGUAGAGAAUUACAAAUCGUUUGUGCCAUACUGCAAAAAGUCAAAACUCUUCCAAAAGAAUGGAAAUACUGCAAAAGGUGAAAUUCAAGUUGGCUUCCCGCCACUACACGAAAGCUACACAUCCAAUUUAACAUUCAACGAACCGUACUUGGUCAAAUCGGAAUGCUUUGACGGUCGUUUGUUCAACUAUCUGCUGAACCACUGGGGAUUCAGUGCUGGCGUUAAGGACGUGCCCGAUUCGUGUGUGGUCGAUUUUCGCGUUGAAUUUGAAUUCAAAUCUGCGUUGCAUUCGAAUUUGUCGCACAUAUUUUUUGAUUUGAUAGUACAACAAAUGGAGAGUGCUUUUGUAGCGGAAGCGAAACGACGGUACGGCAAGCCAAAAAUAGAGUCAUAUGUUUUGGCGAUCGAAAAGUCUUGACGACGAAUGUUAGUCAUCUCAAUUUCUUUUUGUAAAAUUUUCGAAUCAUUGGUCAUCGGUUGAAGUUAAAAUUAUUGUAAUUUAUUUUUGACUUGUGAUAAAAACUGCAAACCGAUGCAAAACAAAUUAUUUUCUUAAUUUAAUUUACGUCUGUUAUUUUAUAUAAAAGUAUUUGUUGAACAAAAUGUCUUUUAUAAGUUACAAGUGAAAUUGUGAAAUAUAUAAAAAUUGACGUCUACAA